AUGUCGCUGGCUGCCAUUAAAACCCGCGCCGCUAACCCCGCGCCUGCGCUUGUGCGCUCAAAACAUACCGUAGCCUCCUCCUCUUUCCUCGAGGCAAAAGCGCGUGUCCAAGACCGUGCACGGUCUAUCAGCCGCUCUUCUACGCAAAAUGCUGUCGUAUCUCAGGCCGUGCGGCCACCACCAGCGCCUGGCUUCCAGCAGCUCCCGACGCGGAAUAACGUUCCUUUUGCACCUUCGCAUAUCGGUCCUCACUCAGAUGCUCACCUGGACCACUCAUUUAUCGGGCUCUCUGGCGGCCAGAUCUUCCACGAGAUGAUGCUUCGACACGAUGUCAAGCAGAUCUUCGGUUACCCAGGAGGGGCUAUUCUGCCCGUAUUCGACGCAAUCUACAACUCCGAGCACUUUGACUUCAUUUUACCCCGCCAUGAACAAGGCGCCGGUCACAUGGCCGAAGGCUACGCCCGUGUGUCUGGCAAGCCCGGUGUCAUCCUCGUCACGUCCGGUCCUGGCGCGACCAAUGUCAUCACGCCUAUGCAGGAUGCGCUGAGCGAUGGUGUCCCCCUCGUUGUUUUCACCGGCCAGGUCGCAACUUCAGCCAUUGGUUCGGACGCCUUCCAAGAGGCCGACAUUGUUGGCAUCUCCCGCUCAUGUACAAAAUGGAACGUCAUGGUGAAGGAUAUCUCGGAGCUCCCAAGGCGGAUCAACGAAGCCUUCAAGAUCGCCACUUCCGGACGUCCCGGACCCGUGCUCGUCGACCUGCCCAAGGACGUCACCGCGGGCAUCCUCCGGACACCUCUGCCCUACAAAGCGACUACUCCGGGCAUCAACCUCGGCCUGCCCACAAAUCCCCUGUUGCCCUCAACCGAGUCCACGUUCGCGCAGCUUGACCUUCCCUCGCUGCGCCACGCCGCCAACUUGAUCAACGCUGCCGAAAAGCCCAUCAUCUACGCCGGCAAUGGUCUCCUCAACCAUCCCGAUGGCCCCAAGUUCCUCACACAGCUGGCGCAGAACGGCAACAUCCCCGUUACCACAACGCUGCAAGGUCUCGGUGCAUUCGAUGAGACCGAUGAGAAGUCGCUGCACAUGCUCGGCAUGCACGGUUCUGCAUACGCGAACAUUGCAAUGCAGCAGGCGGACGUGAUCAUCGCUCUGGGCGGCCGCUUCGAUGACCGCGUGACUGGCAAGAUUGACGCAUUUGCGCCCGCCGCCCGUGCUGCAGCAGCGUCUGGCCGCGGCGGCAUCAUCCACUUCGAGAUCCAGCCGAAGAACAUCAACAAGGUUGUUGACGCGACUGUGCCCAUCCUCGGCGACGUCACGCAGAACCUCUCCGCGAUGCUGCCCAUGAUCAAGCACGCACCUCGUGAGGGCUGGUUCAAGGACAUCCGUGGCUGGAAGGAGCGCUAUCCCUUCACCUAUAUCAAGAGCUCGCCGGAGAAGGGUGAGAAGAUGAAGCCUCAGGAGGUUAUCGAAGAGCUGGACGCUCAGUCGCGCGGUCGCAAGGAGGACGUCAUCAUCUCAACCGGUGUCGGUCAGCACCAAAUGUGGGCGGCACAGCACUAUCGCUGGACGCAACCUCGUUCGCUGGUCACAUCCGGCGGUCUCGGGACGAUGGGCUUCGGCCUUCCUUCAUGUAUCGGCGCCAAGGUCGCUGCGCCCAAUAAGAUUGUUGUCGACAUUGACGGUGACGCGUCAUUCUCUAUGACCGCCAUGGAGCUCCAGACCGCCUCGCAAUACGGGAUUGGUGUCAAGGUCAUUGUCUUGAACAACGAGUUCCAGGGUAUGGUCUUGCAAUGGCAAGACUUAUUCUACGACAAGCGAUACUCUCACACGCGCAUGACGAACCCCGACUUCAUCCGCUUGGCCGAGGCCAUGGGUGUGCACGCCAUCCGCGUACACAACGCAAGCGAACUUCCGGCCAAGAUGAAGGAGUUCCUCGAGUAUGAUAACUCGAAGCCUGUGCUCAUGGAGUGCAUCGUGGAGACGAAUGAGCACGUGUACCCGAUGGUGCCUGCCGGCAAGGCCCUGCAUGAGCAGGUGCUGCACCCGUCAUAUGCGGAGAAGAAAAGCGCAUGA